AUGCUUCUAUCCGCCCGCAGUCUUGGAAUCUACUCCAUAUUACCCACAAUUGCAGAGCCAUCGCAACCAACUGAUGGUAACUCCGAAGACCGUGAUGCGGAUGUGGUUCUUAUCGCCGGCAGUCUUCUCAUUCCAGGUCUGACUUAUGCUUUGCUUGCAAUCGCACUUGAGCUACGAUACAACAGUCUGCCACAAUCUGGGAUAGAGCAUGCCCAUCUCAACAAAGACUCGCUCCGGACAAGCUCCCUCGCGCAUAUACCCAACCUUUCUUGGCAGUACCAACCACACAUUUCCGACGCUAUAUCUCUUCUAUUUCUCAGCUUCACCUGGUGCUUUGAUAAGGAUUUAUGUGAGAUCUCUUUGCGCUGGAACUCUCUAGCCCGGGUCAUCCUCACAGAUGCUGCCCGUAACCACGCCAAAGAAGUUCCCGCCGUUCGACUGCUUGAGCAACGGUUCGUCUCUCUCUCCACCAAGCAAGGAAACCAGAGAAUAAGGUGUGCAAUGGGCAAUAAUUAA